GCAAAUUGCACAAAUUUUAUCUCUUUCAACUCCUAUAAGGUUUCCAUAUUGGUCUAGCAGAGUUUGAAUUGCAGAAAUUACUUAUGGCCUAUACAAACAUCCAAACCAGAGUGCUAAUGCAAGUAUUGUUGGCACUGGCCUUUCUCAGUGUAGCUUCAGCAGGGAGGGUACUGAAUGGUAAGGAACAAGAUAUUGUGCUUUUCCAAUACCAUAAUGGUCCUCUCCUUCAUGGAAAAAUCUCCAUCAAUCUUAUUUGGUAUGGCCAAUUCAAGUCAUCCCAAAACGCCAUCAUAGCCGAUUUCAUCACCUCUCUAAUUUCAUUACCACAACCUCAAGUCCAGCCUUCUGUAGCAAUGUGGUUCAAGAACAUUGACAAGUAUUACACAGCAAUCAAAUCCAAGAAAUCUUCUUCAUUCCAACUCUUUUUGGGUCACCAAAUCUCUUUUCAAGACUACCCUUUGGGAAAAUCCCUCAAAGUGCAGCAAAUUGAACAGUUAGCAGCAAAGGGUGAUCAAAUGAAUGCCAUCAAUGUUGUCUUGACUUCAAUGGACGUGGCAGUUGAAGGAUUUUGCUCUAGCAAAUGUGGGACACAUGGUUCUCUCCGUUCGAAGACCUCCACUGUCAAAGGCAAGAGCCCAAGGUUCGCUUACAUUUGGGUUGGAAACUCAGAGACUCAAUGCCCAGGUCAAUGUGCCUGGCCAUUCCAUCAGCCAAUUUAUGGACCACAGAACCCACCUUUAGUGGCACCCAACAAUGAUGUAGGAUUGGAUGGAAUGGUGAUCAACUUAGCUAGUCUCUUGGCCGGGACUAUAGCCAAUCCUUUUGGAAAUGGUUAUUAUCAGGGACCAGCUGAUGCACCACUUGAAGCUGCCUCAGCUUGUACUGGGAUUUAUGGCAAGGGGGCUUACCCAGGUUAUGCUGGGGAUUUGUUGGUAGACCUUACCAGUGGUGCAAGCUACAAUGCACAUGGUACCAAUGGAAGAAAGUAUCUCCUUCCUGCAUUAUAUGAUCCUUCCACUUCUACCUGUUCAACUUUAGUUUAGGCCUUUAGGGAAGUGGGCUGUGCCUGUGCUUUCUUAGUUUGAUGAUAUAUUCUAGUAUUGAUAGAAUAUUCAUGGUAUUGUUUUAUAUUAAAAAAAAUGUAUAUGGUAUUGUAAACUAUGUAGAGAAAUAGCUUGGUUCAUUACUUUAAUAAUAAU